AUAGCGAUUAGAAUGUUUCGAACACUCGAAGGAAGCGGAUCGAAAGCCAGUGCCACUAAGAAAAAAGUAAAGCAAGUCCGAUUUGUGAUUUAAAAAGUGAAAUUAUUUCAUUUGUGUUUUUUGAUAAGAAUACAUACAUGCAUACAUAUAUAGGUACUGGUACAUAUGUAGUACAUAAAUAGAAGCUGGAGAUUAAAUAUUUACAAAGUAUUCAAUUCAGUGGCGAGUGUAUGCGAUUUUCGAAAUAGGCAACAAGAUGAUGAGAUUGCUGCAGUCUCGUGCCACACUAUCAGUGACGGUUGCAACGGCCACAGCAACAAAAAGCAACGUGAUAACAGUCAAGGAUGGAGCGACAAAGUCAUUUAAUAGAUGGCGUCAUCAUGGCAAAGUUAUUGCUAUACGACGAGAAGACCAAUCGGUUUGGGAGCGACGAGCACCAUUCGGGCCUUCGCAUGUACAAAAAUUGGUAAAACAGGGUGUCAAGGUCAUAGUGCAGCCCUCGAAUCGACGCGCCUAUCCCAUGCAGGUUUAUUUGCAUUCUGGUGCCACCGUGCAAGAGGACAUCAGUGAGGCUUCUGUGAUAUUUGGUGUGAAACAGGUGCCAGUCGAUGCGCUCAUUCCAGGAAAGACAUAUUGCUUCUUCUCGCAUACAAUUAAAGCUCAGGAGUCCAAUAUGCCACUGCUAGAUGCCAUCUUAGAGAAGAAUAUCCGUCUGAUUGAUUACGAGCGCAUAGUGGACGAGCGUGGCGCACGUCAAGUUGCAUUCGGCAAAUACGCGGGCGUAGCGGGCAUGGUAAACAUACUGCAUGGCGUUGGUCUGCGCCUUUUGGCGCUGGGUCACCACACGCCCUUCAUGCACAUCGGACCAGCGCACAAUUACCGGAACUCGUCGAUGGCACGACAGGCAAUACGCGAUUGUGGCUACGAAAUCUCGUUAGGCAUGAUGCCUAAAUCGAUAGGACCGUUGACCGUUGUGUUCACCGGUUCGGGCAAUGUGUCACAAGGCGCGCAGGAGGUGUUCCAGGAGUUGCCGAUUGAGUAUGUGCCGCCCGAGAUGUUGCGCAAAGUGGCUGAACAUGGCAGUCAGAAUAAGUUGUAUGGCUGUGAGGUUAGUCGUUCGGAUCACUUGGAGCGCCGCGAAGGUGGUGGCUUCGACGCACGUGAAUAUGACGAAUUCCCUGAACGCUAUAUAUCCACGUUCAGUUCGAAGAUUGCACCCUACGCCUCAGUUAUUAUCAACGGUAUCUACUGGGCGGUAGGAGGUCCGAAACUCAUAAGUAUACCGGAUGCUAAGAACUUAUUGCGCCCCGCGAACACGCCUUGGUUGCCAACCAGCAAAGGUAGCCCGGCGCUGCCGCAUCGUAUGUUGGCCAUCUGUGAUAUCUCGGCAGAUCCGGGCGGCUCCAUUGAGUUCAUGAAUGAGUGUACCACUAUUGAUACGCCUUUCUGUUUGUACGACGCUGAUCGCAAUAAGGACAUGAAGAGCUUCAAGGGACCAGGUGUCCUUGUCUGCUCAAUCGAUAAUAUGCCUACACAGUUGCCGCGUGAGGCGACAGAUUACUUUGGUGAACUACUUAGUCCGUUUGUGGACGACAUUAUUAAGAGUGAUGCUAAGAAACCGCUCGAAGAAGAGACUUUCUCAUAUCCCAUUAAGUCGGCGAUCAUUGCCAGCAAUGGAAGCCUGACCGAUAACUUCCAGUAUAUACAGGAGCUGCGUGACUCCAACAGCAAUCGUUCGCGCCACAAAAUCGAGGGUCGCUUCGAGGCGUCCAAGAAGGCGCUUGUAUUGGGCGCUGGUAUGGUCUCAGCGCCGCUAGUCGAGUGGUUGGCCCGUGAAAAAGAUGUCUCGAUCACCGUCUGCUCUGCAUUGAAAGAAGAGGCGGAUAGCCUGGCACGGAAGUACAAUGGCGUGAACAGUGUUUACCUUGAUGUCACCGAGAGCACCGACCAUUUACAAGAGUUGUGCGCCAAAGCAGACGUGGUCAUCUCUUUGCUGCCAUAUACGCUGCACGGCAUGGUUGCUAGAUGUUGUGUGGCUGAAAAAACUCACCUGGUUACCGCGAGUUAUUUGAGUGACGAGAUCAAGGAACUACACGAAGAAGCGCGUCGCAAUGGUGUUACCAUUAUGAAUGAAGUCGGACUCGAUCCAGGCAUUGAUCACUUGCUCGCUUUGGAAUGCAUUGAUGAGGUGAAGGAGAAGGGCGGCGUCAUUGAAUCGUUCGUUAGCUUCUGUGGCGGUUUGCCGGCGCCUGAGCAUUCAGACAAUGCGCUGAGAUACAAAUUUUCUUGGUCACCGCGUGGGGUGCUGCUGAACACCUUGUCCGCAGCGAAGUAUUUAAGUAGAGGACAAAUUGUGGAGAUUUUAGGCGGCGGUGAUUUGUUAUCAAAUCCAAGAACUCUCAAAUUCUUACCUGGAUUUGCACUAGAAGGCUUCCCGAAUCGGGAUUCAACCAAAUACGCAGAGCUUUAUGGACUCGGAAGAGAUGUCCAUACGCUGUUGCGUGGCACCAUACGCUACAAAGGCUUCACGGAGUGCGUACAACCGAUGCAACUGCUCGGUUUGAUUGAUCCCGAGCCCCAUCCAAUGUUGCAUCCACAUGGACCGGAUGUAACAUGGCGUCAGCUCGUGAUCAAUUUGUUGGGUAUGGCCGAUUCGAGUAUCUUCUAUGAGAACUUGAAGCAAAAGUUGGUCGAACGUAUUGGCGACGCCGAUGGUCUCGAGAGUUUGGGACUAUUGGAAGACACACCGGUGGUGAAACUCAAUACGCCAUUGGACACGCUCAGUCACUAUUUGGCGAAGCGUUUGGCAUUCGAACCUCACGAACGCGACUUAGUCAUAUUGCGUCACGAAGUGGGCAUACGCUGGCAGGAUGGUCGCCGCGAGGAGCGUGGCAUCAACUUUGUCGUCUACGGUCAACCUGGUGGACACUCGGCAAUGGCACAAACUGUGGGCAAACCGGCGGCAAUCGCAGCCAAGAUGAUUUUGGAUGGCGAAAUACAAGAGCGCGGUGUAUGCUUGCCCUUCACGCCCGACAUCUAUCGUCCAAUGUUGCAGCGGCUACGUGCUGAAGGCUUAACGGCAACGGAAACAACCAGAAUCGUUAACUAAAUUUUCGUUUAUUUUUAUUUGUUAAAACUAAAAGGCUUUUUUUUAUAUAUUUAUAUGCAAUUUUUCAAAAUUUAGUAAGAUAGGAAAUAAUAAAGACUUUCAAUAAAAAAAU